GAACGAGGAGCAGGCCCAUUGGGCCAUUUCAGAAAGCCCAUAAUCCAAUUUGGCUAUAGAAUCCAAAUUUUCAAGUCAUCCCCAUAUUUGCAUUUGUUCAUAGCCAAACCUCAUCUCCCUCAGUUUCAUAGUUGAAAAAACUCCGAAGAAAUGGUAGUUUCACUGAGACUACCUUUGAUCUCCUCUCUGCUUUCCCCAGCCUCAUCUCGCUCUUCAAACUUCACCUUCUCCAGGCGAGCUUUGGGAAUUUCAUGGAGGCAGCAACGCCCGUUACGGUUGCCGCUGCUUUCUUCUGGUUUCUCUGCUCGAAGUUCGUCCACCGGCACUGAAAUUCGUGUCGACAACUCCAAGAAUCGAGUUCCUGAAGGAGCUAUCACGCCUCGGUCGCAGGAUUUCAAUGCUUGGUAUUUGGAUGUUAUUGCCAAUGCUGAGCUCGCGGAUUAUGGUCCUGUUCGAGGUACCAUGGUUAUUCGUCCCUAUGGCUACGCCAUAUGGGAGGCAAUUCAGGUAUUUUUAAAUGCCAAGUUCAAAGAAACCGGCCAUGAGAAUAUGUACUUUCCGCAGUUUAUACCAUACUCUUUUAUUGAGAAAGAAGCUAGUCAUGUCGAGGGCUUUAGUCCUGAGUUAGCUCUUGUAACAAUUGGAGGAGGGAAAGAACUUGAAGAAAAGCUUGUGGUUCGACCGACAAGUGAAACCAUUGUGAAUCACAUGUUUACUCAGUGGAUUCAUAGUUACCGUGAUCUUCCAUUGAUGAUUAAUCAGUGGGCCAAUGUUACAAGAUGGGAGAUGCGCACGAAACCAUUUAUUAGAACUCUUGAAUUUCUCUGGCAGGAGGGGCAUACAGCUCAUGCCAGUCCAGAAGAGGCAGAAAAAGAGGCUAUUCAGAUGAUUGACGUAUAUACAAAAUUUUCUUAUGAGCAAGCGGCAAUACCUGUUAUUGCAGGUCGAAAAUCAAAGGUGGAGACAUUUGCUGGUGCGGACAAGACCUAUACAAUAGAGGCCAUGAUGGGGGAUCGAAAGGCACUGCAGGCAGGAACCAGCCACAACCUAGGGCAAAACUUUUCUCGUGCUUUUGGAACACAGUUCACAGAUGAAAAUGGACAAAGGCAACAUGUAUGGCAGACAUCAUGGGCAAUUAGUACGCGUUUUGUCGGAGGAAUUAUUAUGACUCAUGGAGAUGAUGGAGGUUUAAUGCUUCCACCAAAGCUUGCUCCAAUACAGGUGGUAAUCAUACCCAUCUGGAAGAAGGAUGGCGAUAAAGUUGAGGUUCUUAGUGCUGCUUCUUCUGUAAAAGAAAGUCUUCAAACUGCAGGGAUAAAGGUUAAACUUGAUGAGUCAGAACAGAGAACUCCAGGAUGGAAAUUCAAUUUCUGGGAAAUGAAGGGCGUUCCUUUGAGGAUUGAGAUUGGACCCAAGGAUGUUGCAAGUCAAAGUGUGGUCAUAUCUAGGAGAGACAUUCCUGGAAAGCAAGGGAAAGUUUUUGGGAUAUCCAUGGAACCUUCUGUUUUAGAGGCUUAUGUAAAAGGGACAUUGGAUGAGAUCCAGUCAUCUCUUCUUCAACUGGCAAAAACUUUUCGUGACAGUAACAUUGUGGAUGUGAGUUCAUAUGAUGAACUUAAAGAGGCAAUUUCCGAGGGAAAAUGGGCUAGGGGUCCUUGGUCAGCUAGUGACCAAGAUGAAUUGAGAGUUAAAGAAGAAACAGGAGCAACAAUUAGGUGCUUUCCUUUUGAACAGCCACAAGGGCCUAAAACAUGUCUGAUGACUGGUAACCCUGCUGAGGAAGUUGCCAUAUUUGCGAAGUCUUACUAAGAUAUGAUUUCAAGGCAUGACUUAAGACCUCCAAGUCUUGUUCAAUUGGGCUAAUCACGUUUGGGCACCAUCUUGAAGGCCAUGUUAAAUAUACCUGGAAGAGGGAGCCUUCUAAAUCAGUUCAACUAAGGCAAAGGCUCUAGCUAGCUGGUUGGCAUUGGCAUUUGUCUUUUGAAGUUUGACGUGUUUUUGUUCUCUGCCUGCCUAAUUAUUUUACUUGGUGGCUCAAUCCUUCAUUUCCGGGCAUUAUUUAAGUGAUCUAUUUAUUUAUGAACUAAAUGAAUUGACAAUCUUGUUAAAGCAAGUUUUUGUCUUUGUUUCAUUUUUCAUAACAUGAGCUUGCUGUUUCACUUUUACAA